ACGGUGUCAAUAACGGCAUAAUUAAGAUGAUUUGAAAAAUAUCGUCCAAGCCAAAAUGAAAACAAUUGUGCAAAAUAUAUGUAUCCUUAUAACUGUUGUGGUGGCAUUAUUAACGAUCAGCGUCGUGGGCAAAACGAUCGAAGUGAAUUGUUCCGAAUUUUGCGUCUGUGAUAUCUACCAACGACUGAGGAGAGCGACAUGUCAAAACAAAAGACUAACCUCCAUGGAGAUAAAUAUGGCGUCGGCGGUCCAAAUUUUGGACAUGAGCUACAAUCAAGUUAGCGAUUUGAGUAACGAUAUUUUUUUGGAACUUCAGCUUUCAGAACUCAAACUACUCAACUUAUCCCAUAACAAAAUUGGUCAGAUCCACCUAAACGGAUUCAAUGGUUUAUCUGCAUUGAAAACACUGGAUUUGUCUUACAAUGCGGUCAGAUAUUUUAUUAGGGCCUGGUUUUUCAGUCUCAGCUCUUUGGAAGAGCUUUACUUGAGGGGAAAUCCUUUGAGAACGAUCAAUGACCAACCGAGGAUAGAAAUCAAAUCCCUGAGGAUUUUAGACCUCAGCGACUGCAAAAUUGCUCACUUGAAAUCCGACAUUUUCAGUUUGGUGCCGAAUCUAGAAGUUUUGGACGUGUCGAAUAACUAUCUGACCGAAUUCAAACCGGAAAUAAUUAAACCUCUCUAUCACAUAUCCGUAGUGAAUUUGGUUGGCAAUAACUUUUUCAAUUGCAAAGAUAUAUCCAGAAAAAAUUUGAAGAAAUACACACGGCACAAAGGCAUUGCCCUUAGGGACACUUGUACCACUCAGAAAUCGCAUGUAAGUCAAACUCAUAUGUUUGAAAAAAUGAUGGUUCAACCGAAUAACGCUGGUGAGCUCGAAAAGAAUUCUUGGAUAUACAACGUUGAGGAAACAAUAAAAGUGAUUGAAGUUUGCAGCAAUUUAACCAAUAAUAAAACCUGGGAUGGACUAGAAAAUGUUAUAAUGGAAUAUGUAGAGGUAUAUCCAUUGAUAAUAUUGCCUGGCAUUUUUGGAUCUGGUAUUCUUUUUGGAAUUCUCUUUGGUUGUAUUUGUGGGUGCUUAUGCAGGCCAAAGAAGUGUCGUCCCGACAUCAUCGACGACGACGAACCAAAUGAGUAUAACAAUUUACGCCGAAGCAUGAGAAGUUUGAGGUCUCAAGGAGCCAACAGUUACGUCAGAUCGUCCGGUUUUCGAAACAGUAGACCAAGAGAUGAAAUUAGGAAUUUGGUUCUAAACGAACUAGAUUAUCCGAACUCCACUCCUGUCUAUCCGCGAAAGAUUUACACUGGUUAAAGUUUUAGGACUUUUCGUUUUAUUAAAUGCCAUGUCAGUAGUUGUGAGAGAAAAGAACUGAUUAGUAGGUUAGGAAACACUGGUUUUAAUAUAUUUGAAUAAUUUACAGUUUCACUGUACUUGAAUGAUAAUUCUUAACAAAAUCACCUUAAACUUCCUUCGUAAAUAUAUUGACAAUUUGUAAAUUAUUUAAACACCAAAACCAAUGUUUGUGAAAUAAAAAAAAUCUUAAAAUCAAAUUCUCAUAAAUUAGAAGUCCGGUGUUCUAUAUGUGAAUAUAUAUGAAGAAUCAAUUGAAGUAAUGGCUCGGGAAACUUUCCUGUCUCUGACUAACGAGAGGCUCAUUUUUAGAUUCAAUUCAGUAGAGUACAGUACAGUACAGCUCCGAUUAUGUUAAAUGAUGUGGACCCAAGUGAUUUCGAAUAAUCGAAAUUUCAGUAAAUACGAUUUUUUUUAUUUACUUUCCUUCAAUUUAUUUAUUCGUUUGCGACGUUACAUCUGUGAAAUAUAGCUCUUCUUUUUGAAUCAAUUUUGAUCAAGAUUUUUGCAAGGUACUAUUUGAUACCAAGCUGAAGCUAUCCAGUAUAUAACAUUUUUCAAGUUAAUUUAGUCAUUCUAUGAGAACGGCACCCUCAUCUACUUUUUCCAAAAAAUGGUCCACUAGCAAACGCUUGUAAUUACGUCUUAAAUUUUCCAACACACCCUGAUCCAUGGGCGGAAUGAGAAAAGUUACAGCACGAGGAAAAAACAUUGCUUUUAUUUCAGCACUUUCAAGGUGCUCCGCGAUUAGCAGAGUCUGUAACAAAACACAUUAAAAGGAACUCUACUUUGGAACGGAAAUUUCUUUUUUUUAAUACUCAUUUAUUCAACCUUUUUUAAUGUUUAUACAAUACAGGAAAAGCACUGGGAUGAAUAUUCUUGAAGGCUCA